AUCAACAUUACUGAUGACGUUGCUGCUUCUGAUGAUGAUGAUGAUGGUGGUGGUGAUGAUGAUGAUGAUGAUGGUGAUGGUGAUGAUGAUGAUGAUGAUGAUGAUGAUGAUGAUGAUGAUGAUGAUGAUGAUGAUGAUGAUAAGUGCAGGAUUCCGCCCGGGGGAAUUAACUCGUAUGCGUAUACUCAAAGGUUUGAAAACUUACCACACACAUCGUCUGGACUAGGCAUGUACAACAAUCGAAAACGAAGGAGAGUAAAUUGUGUUGCGGAACGGAAAUGUGCAGCACGAUUUUUGUGGCGGGUGAUGAAAGGAGGGGAGAAAAUGGACAAUGUGGAUUCGAUAGCCAUGAAAAAUCUCAAAGAAUGGAUCAAAUGCAUAUGGUGGUCCCCACAAUACUUCGGUCUUACAACAAAGCAGACGUCUCCCAGUAGACCACAUUCAUCAAUGGGUGAACGCUAUGAAACAAGUGCAUCUGCAUUUGCCCCAGUUAUUGGAGAAAAUUUAGACCUGGCUAAGACUCCACUCAUGUCGCAGUACAAAAAU